AGUUCUGCUCAAUCAGUGCCGAAGCACAGCCUUUUGUUCCUCUCGUCCAUCGCUUUGCUUAGCCACAGCUCAAAGAGAUGUUUUGUGCUACUUGCUGCGCUGGACCGGACAAUGGCGAGCUGGACUUGUCUGCAAAACCAUUGGUGGAGGCCAAGGGAGUGCUUUCCAAGGAUCAAGUGAAGCCAGAUUCGUCUGUCUUUGAAGUUAAGCUGACCUUUGAGGGGCGAUCCCAUGGACUCAACAUUGACACCGCCAAUGAUGAGCAGGCUAUCGUCAAGGAUGUGAGCAGUGCUGCACUCACCUGGAACCGCACUGCACCUGAUUGGCACCAGAUCAAGGCCUCUGACUUGAUUCUGAAGGUCAAUGGAGAAGCUGUUACAGGUGAGACUGUUCAUAACAAGCUGGCCGAUGCUGGUCCGGAGGCCACUUUGACCCUUCAGCACGCUGUUGAGCGCAAUCUGACCUUGCAGAAGCCUGGACAACUUGGCAUCACCGUGAAAUUCGCGAAGUCGUCACACGGCAUUUGGAUUGCCACACUGGCACCAGGCAAGACUCGCGUGCUUGGUGCGCUUGGCGGCACACCUCUUUGUUUGGAAGUGUCCAGUUGUAAGUUGCCCUGCUUGACAUGGGAAGGGCUUCAGUAGAAUGUAACGCGCUGUGGGAGAGUCCUUGAGUCCUUUAGGUACAAAGCGGUCUGUGUUCUUAUCUGCUGAAGGACUUGUUCAGGAUUGGAAUGAUAAGCAUCCGGAUCAGUGUGUGGCGGUCAAUGUGCCUCGUCUUUGCUUUGUUCUGCAAUGAUGCAGUUUGUCCAGCCAUUCCUUUGCCCAUUGUCGAGAGGGUGAAUAAGGGAUGGUCGAGACGGAGUCACAAAAACCUUUGCCGGAUUUUUGCUUACUACUAGGACCAGGAACAAGAAGCUACUAGGGGCUCCUGGCCUUACUACUAGUAGCAAGGACGCUACUAGGGGCUCCUGGCCUUACUAUUAGUAGCAAGGACGCAGGGCCAAGCAUUCUUGAGAAACUCCCUUGAAGCUUGAGUCUAAGGACCGCAUUCUCUCUGCUUCUCGGAUUUCACCGUCUAAACGCUGCGCUGUCGCGGAUGUUUGGUGCGGUCAGGAUCCAUCCCGAAGAAUAGUGAACAUUGAGAGAAUGCGAAAGCGAAAGUGAAAGAGACAAACUCUGAAACACAACUUUUCAAUUUGCCCCUAUACAGAAGUCUUACGCCGGACGCCUUUGGUUUUGCUCAGGUGAAUGGAGUGAAAGGCCAGUCACAAGAUCUUGUUGCCAAGAUGCGGGAGGUUUCCGACACCAUUGUCCUUGUGGUGAUGCACUACGAUUAGACGGAUGAGCCCAGUACGAAGGAAGUGAGGAAUGAUAUCCGCGCCAUGUCCAAAAGGACAAGCAGUGUCAGGAAGUACUAGUGAUUGUUGCGAAAGACAGGCAUGGCUGCGCGUUCCUCAAAAGGAGCCCGGGCACCGGGCAGUUUCAUCGUUAUUGUGGUGAAAUCACAGAGCAAGAUCAACUUUUCCGGAGUCUUCGGUCCAGGUUUUCCUGUUUUAGAUCAGGCAUGAUGUAAAUGGGCAUUGCACCUUUCUGUGACCGAAGGCAUUUUGACAGCACGUUAUUCUCACAGCAUCCCAGCAGAUGAGCGCCCUCACGACCUUUGGUCGGGGGUCUUGGGCCUUUCCUUUUCACGGAGAGGAAUUGCCAAUUCGUGUACUGUGUCCUUCUUAGAAGCCUUCGGAAUUUUG